AUGCCGAGGAGUUCUAGGCGAGGUAAGAAGCGGGAGCCACCUGCGUGGAAGAAAGCUGCUGGUGGAAAGGCGCCGGAGGGCGGAAAAGGUGGGAAAGGCGGGAAAGGCGGGAAAGGUGCGCCGCGUGUGGCCAUGGGCAAAGGUGUGGAUGUCGGUCGCGACCGCGAGGAGGAGCGGCGGGUACUGGCGCUGAGCAGCACGCCCUCGACGGUGCUGAACAGAAUUCUAAGCGUACUGGACCUCACGUUUGAGCGGGACAUAGGGAUGCUGAACGGCAAUUGCGUGCGGAAGGUACCUGACUAUGGUACGCUGGUGAAGCUGCGGGAUGAGCUUCAGAAGCUCCACCACCUGUUUGAGCACAUAUCGCAGUCCGAUCAGGCCAGUAUAGACCUUGUACGGCAGAUCAGGGAGAAGCGCAAGCAGGUGCGGAUCAAAGAGGAGGAAGAGCAGGAACAACAGCAGAAACACAAACUCAAAUUGAAGCUGAAGCUGAAGGAUGUCACGAAAAAGGACGCCAGUGCCACAGAUGACAAACCAGAACUUACUGAGGAGAGUGCAAAAGCUGAAAGUCCCGAGGCCAAGGAAGGUCCCGUGGAGGCAGAAGAAGACACACUAAGUAGGCCAAAACCCGACGACGUUGAAACAGUAGAGAUAAAUACACAAGUUGAAGAAACGAAGGUAGAGUCUGGGAAGGAUGAAGUAGAGCCAUCAGAGGAGAAAGACGCCGAAGUGAAGGACCCUGAAGCCACUGAUGAAACUAAAGCAGAGGAACAGAUAGACGAGACAGAGAAGCCUGACACGGUUCUGAAACGAACACAUUCAGAAAUAUCAAGCGAUGUUGAAAAUGUUGGUGAACUGAAAGUCGAGGAUGGACAGGAAGAGCCAGUUGAAGGGGAAGCACCUCCAAAGAAGAUAAAACUAAACCUUACAGAAGAAACGAAUGAUGCACAAUUUGGCAAACCGGAAGAAAACGAAGGCACAGAAGUGUCAAAGGAUGUUGAUAUAGAUAAGAUGGAAAACGAUCCAACUGUUAAGAACCCUAAGUCCGAGUUUGUAGUGUCGCAAACACUUCCUCUUGCGGCAAAAGCAUUAGGUCUGUUCAAUGAAGAAGGGCUUGAAUGUACAGGUGAGGAGUUCUUGAAGAAGAAGUAUAGUGUUGCCAGUUACCCAACAACUGAUCUGUCAGAUAAACUACCUGGUGAACUGCCCGAUAUGGACUUCUCAUGCCCUAAACCUACAAAUCAAAUCCAGUUCAAUACUUUCUUAGCAUCAGUUGAAAAGUUUUAUAGAGAAUUCUCGGAUAAUGAUAUCGGAUUCCUAGAAGGUAAGUAUAUUCUACCACAGAACCUUCAAGUCGAUAGCACUUAUGACCCGGAAGUUACACCUUAUAUUAUACCAAAGCUUGGACAACUAUACACUGAGAUAUGGGCAAAGGAAGAUCAGGAGAAAAAUAUUGGCAACACAUCACCUCCAUCAGUUACUGAUCCUUCAAGUAUUUUACCCAAAAAAGGGGCCGCCAACAUUAAUGAUACCAUAUUAGAGACCGAGGACGUGUCGUGCGGGCCUCUAGUUUCAAGACUAAUUUCAGCUAUAAUGAAAGAAAGUACACAGAAUAUAGAUUCUAACAUGGAAUCCGGCACACCUGGUCACGGUCUUGACGAGAUCAAAAGCGAACCGGACCAUGGCCUACCAGCUGACGACAAGGACAUCUCAAAGGAUAAUGACAAUGCUUACUCUGUAGAGGGAAACUCUAGCUUAGCUGCAAAUGCGGACUCUGUGAUGACCAAUGGUGACACAGUGGAUAACGAUGACCAUAAUAGUUGGGAUGUCAACCCUCUUUCACGCAGCACAACGAGUACGUUGCCUGCAGGAAACGGAUGGAAAAUCGAAAAUGUCAACAUAGAUUAUCCAACGUUUGAAGAGAGAUUGAAAAGAGAGUUGAAAUACGUGGGUAUAUAUAUGAACUUGCCCAAAGACGAGAACAACCCAAAUGGAGAAGAUCCAGAUUGGUUAAACGGUAGAGAAGACGAUGAAGUCAGCGCGGAGCUGCGUCAACUUCAGGCCACUCUAAAACAAGUCACAAAGCGCAACCAGUUGCGAAAGAAGAAUCUGAUACCACUCGUAGAGAGGCAACUGGCAUGGCAAGAGUACUCAUCCAUCCUAGAUGACUUGAACAAACAACUAGACCAAGCAUACAUCAAACGUAUCAGAGUACCGAAGAAGAGACGGAAACACCAUGGCAGUGCCACUUCAGGCUCCGCAUCGCAACUGGCUCAGCAGAAGGCUGCCAACUCCAGCUUGAAAGCAUUGUUGGACAAGAGACAGAGAUGGAUUACAAAGAUAGGACCCUUGUUCGACAGCCCCGACCUGAUGCUCAGAAUCCCCAAGGACAGCGUGUUCCCCAACCUGGACGCUCAGGACGACGACGACGACGACAUCGACGUGUUCGCGCAGAACAACAUGAACAAAGAAGAAGGACUGGAAGACUAG